AUGAGUCUCCUUACAAGAUGGAGCGCUUCACGCCCAUUUACCGCAACCCAAAGAGCCAUACAACUUUCCGGUAACUCGUUUCUCUACGGCCAAGCGCGCAAUGGAUCGCUUUCUGCGAUACAUCGUGGCAUUUGGCGUUCCGACAAGCCACGCAACGAUCGCACCGACCGCAACUCCAGGCCUGCAUCCAGGCCGCGAUUGACAGAGUCUCAAGGCCGCGGCAGAUCAAGAGAUGCUGCCAAAUCCAAGCCCGAUGCUUUCAGCGAACGAUUCUCCAGUGCUAUCGGUAGCCGUCGAGAUGGCCCGCGAGACCGGGAACAGCGCCAUUUCAAGCCCAAGAAGGCCUUCCAGAAGAUGCAAGAGAGGAUAAAAGAGCAGGAAGAAGAAGGAGGAAGAAAAUCUCGAAGCAAGCGGUUCAACAACCCCGAGUUCUCCUUCGGCAAGAAGAGCUUGGUCUACCAACUCAACCGUGGUGAGUUGAAGGACAAGGUUGGCAAGCUGCUGGAGAAGAGUGGCGCGAAAGAGGAGGAGUUUUCGAAGCCGACGGCAGAGCGUGAGAGUGGAAACGACUGGUUCCAGGGUGGUCGACAGGAUCGUCAAGACGGCCGCCAACGCGACCAAUACCAGGAUCGCCGUCCAGAUCGGCAACACGAACGUUUCCAGGAUCGCCGCCCCGAUCGCCAGCGCGACCAGUUUUCAGACCGCCGUCCGGACCGCCGUGAUAAUCAGUCAGGAGCGAGGCCAGGUUUUGCGCGAGAGCGUAUGGACUCUAUGCGGGAGGGUGUCCGCAGAGAACUCGAAGCCGCCCCUCCUCGGCGGUUUGGGUCAAGGCAGCCGGACCAUGAAGCAUCUUCUGAUCCGUCAGAAUUCCGUGGCUUGGUUCAGUUCACGACAGCUGCAUCGCAGUUUCUCUUUGGUCGUUCGGUCGUCAAGGCAGCGCUGAAGAAUUCGCAACGCAAACUCUAUCACCUCUACCUCUACCAAGGAAGCAACAAGAAGGAAAGCAUGGACGAUAGAUGGAUCUUGUCCAUGGCGGAAAAGAAGAAGGUCAAGAUCACCAAGCUUUACGAAAAUGACCAACAACUGCUCGAUAAAAUGAGCAAGGGUCGACCACACAACGGCAUCGUGAUGGAGACAUCACCACUGCCUCAGUUGCCGAUCACAGGUCUCGGCGCAGAACAUAGCGAGCUCCAUGGCUACCCCGUCUUAGUAGGACGUCAGUCCAAGGAAGACGUCGCGAUUAACGGAACCGAGGGUUUCAUUCCUUCCAGGCCCGGUACGGCCCGGCCGCUUGUGCUCCUUCUGACCGAGAUUCUGGACCCCGGCAACCUCGGUGCCAUUCUCCGGACAGCUCGGUUCCUCGGUGUUUCCGCGGUUGCUAUUACGAAGAGGACAUCGUCGUCGAUCACGUCUACUGUAUUGAAGGCUUCAGCAGGGGCUUCUGAGGAGCUCCAGUUGUUCUCUGUGGAGGAUCCGGGAGCUUUCCUCCACGCAAGCGCAGCCGCAGGAUGGACAUCGUAUGCUGCAGUCGCACCGACGGCUGGCUUGCGUAGAGACAACCGCCAGUGGACACCGGAAAGCAUUGAGGAGAAGAAGCCUCUUCUUUCACAGCCGUCCAUUCUCGUUCUUGGCAACGAAGGUACAGGUCUCCCUUACGAUAUCAGGAAGAAGGCCACCCAUGAGAUUACGAUCCCGCGAGUAGCGAUGUCGAGCUCGGUUGAUAGCUUGAACGUCAGCGUAGCCACGGCCUUACUCUGCAACUCGUUCCUGAGAGGCACUGCAGAGCCUAACAGUCUUACAGAGAGGCUGCAGAAAGAAGCUCACAAGGCAGAUACCGGCGAAAGCAUGUUUUAG